AUGUCAUCCAUCGAGUAUGAAAUGACCUAUCUUAGGUCUCCAUCACCGGUGAGAAUUCCCCCGCAGAGGACUCUUUCCGUGAAUGUGAGGCGUCUUCAAGAAGCCGUCAACACUCUCUUGGAAGAGGAAGACCGAAGUGAUUUCAUCGAAGCACUAAAUGUAUAUCAUUCUAAACGUAAUGUGUAUGACUUUGUGCAAGCUCUAAAGCUCAUCUUUGACAACUCUGUAAAAAGACAAAUUAUACCUCUGUUACGGAAAGUUAUGCCACAUUCUGACCAAGAUGCCUUUGACCAGUAUAUGUACAAUGAUCCUAUCACAUCAAUACCCUUAAAUACACCCUACUUGAACCAACGCGGCCUACGUAGAACUUCCAGCGUUCCAUCACAGCAACCCUUUAGCUUGAGGCGAACAAAAAGCUCAGAGAUUAUCCGAAGGCCAAGCGAACCACCGAAGAGUAAAAUAUACAGACAAGUCAACAAUACCUUUGAUGUGGAAAAAAAUGAGAACAAUGUUGUUAACCAUGUGACGUUGAAGAAAAAUUCUAGUCAUGAAGGCUGGGGGUUGAGUAUUCGUGGUGGUGCUGAGCACGGGAUUGGGAUUUACGUCUCACAGGUAGAGCCAGGGUCAUUGGCCGACAGACAAGGCCUGUGUACAGGUGAUCAGAUAUUGUCAGCUAACCAAGUGAACUUUUCUGACAUAACGCACGAGGAAGCAGCCAAGAUAAUAAGAUCAGCCAAAAAACUUGAUCUCCAGGUGCGGCCAGUGGGGCGUGUCCCUGGCACCUAUGUUGUCCACCAGACAUACACCUGGGUGGACCCCAGGGGGAGGCCUGUGUCCCCACCCCCAGAGGUUGAGAAGGCGGGGAGAUAUGAGGCCAAGGGGGAGAGGAAGAGUGGGCUUAUGUUACUGAAGUGUGGAGAUGAGAGAAAGGUGAAUGUAGUUGUUGGAUCAGGGCAGAGUUUAGGGCUAAUGAUACGUGGAGGGAGUGAGUUUGGGCUGGGAAUAUAUCUUACUGGAGUAGACCCUUUGUCUGUGGCUGAAAAUGCUGGACUCAAGGUUGGAGACCAAAUUCUGGACGUAAAUGGAGAAAGUUUCCUGGAUAUAUCUCAUGCUAAUGCAGUGAAAGUCCUGAAGGCUUCAAAGCACAUGAUUAUGACUGUAAAGGAUGUGGGACGUCUGCCGUAUGCUAGAACUACCAUUGAUGAGACGCAAUGGAUUGUGGGAAGGGAGCUGCAGCAAUCACGGAGUCCUUCCAGACCCAGCAGUGCCUUAUCCAAUGGCUUUAACUCAUUGCGUGUAAAAACUCCUCAGGAAGACCAAGUUGACAGCAAACAAGAGUCUGUUUUUACGCGGAUGGCAGGGUCUCAGCUCAUCUUGAACAACACUAUGCAUAGUGCCCAGCGGGGGAUGAUAGAAGAACAAGCACGGCAACUGCUAAACGACAAUGAACGUGGCACCAUGAACUAUUAUCUUAAUGAAUACAACACAGGCCAUAUUGGUGUGGAGGCCCUGGCUUUGGCUCUUUUUGAACUGCUCAAUACACAGGCCAAGUUUUCUCUGAUGUCAGAAGUGAGGGGUUUGAUAGCUCCCAAGGACAUUGACAGGUUUGAUGCUCUUGUUUUAAGGAGAGAUGUAGAUGACUUGAAGUCCCAUCAUUCCCACCCUUAUACAACGACGGACGGCAUGUCCGAAAACUCCUUUGACAGCUCUCUCUCCAGCUACACUGGUUUUUCCAGUACGUCUGCCAAAGACUCUGUAGAUGGAUCAUUCAGUCACAUUGUGGUGCCACCUACAGUUCCACAACAGCUGCCUGCACAUGUCAAAGUUAAGGUAGACACUGUUAAUGCCCACCAUGAUGCUAUUGAAGAAAUUCCUGAUGACUCUCAUGGACUGCCAGAUUAUUUACGAAUGGAACCUACACUUUCACAGCAGCGAAGGCGUUCUCCAAGUCCAGGGGUUAGUAGAAGUGGAAAUAUGACAGUUGCUGCAGAUAUUCAUGCUGUCCACACCAGUACGCCUGUCAAAUCUAGAUCACAUGUGGCACGCAGAAAGAAAUUUGAAGAAGUCCGAGCAUUAAGUGAGGACAGUGGAGUGGACCUGAAUGGUCAUUUCAUCAGUGGUGGACGAAGGCUUGACCAGCUCAAUGGACAUCUCAAUAACCAACAAAAUAGCAGUAGCAUAUCAACCAGUGGGCAAGGCAAGAAGAAGAGGGUCACCAUUUCCCCCCAGAGACCUGUUACAAUAAAUGAGUCUGUGCCAGUCAAUGUGAGAGGACAGCCUGAACAGAAUGGGGUAAAGGAGGGUUACAUAGAACAGGGUAAACGAGCAGACGGCAAAGCAUACUCAGAACAAAAUGAUGUACAAAAUCAAACAAACCAAAAUCAGGGUAAACGCAGUAAUAUUUUCACAGAAUGGAGACAAGAAAAUAUAGAAAACCACCAUAAGCAGGCAAAUCUUUUACAAGUACCAGGGCAAAAUGGCCAUGGAGUCCAAGAGAGGCACAAAAGAGAAAGAAGUCCUCUUAGACACGUUUCCAAUAACCAUGGGAAGGACCAAAGAAGGGCUAGUCCCAGUCCACAAAGAAAUACUCAUCUUUCUGCUGAUAAAGGCAAUGCAAUACAUAAAAGUUCUGCUCCAGUUGUGCAUAACUCAAAUAAUCCGCAUUGGCCUGGCCAAAAUCAAAAUCGGAACUUUCCAAAUUUUGAACAACACAAUGGACUGCAUCAAAGACCUAGCCUGCUACAGCAAAGGCAUAACAACUAUACUGACAGCAGCCUUGAGCCUGACAGUGGUCUUACUGAUUCAGCCAGUAAAUACAGAGUUCCAAGCCCUCAGCCAGAACUAAGGACAAAUCAAGGUCAGAGGUCAAUUCAAGGUCAGCAUGAAUUCCCCAGGGCUCUUGGUCCAAACCAAAGAAUGCCCAGUGGUGGACAUGGAACAAAUAGCACACUCUUGCCUAGCAGUGACCAGCAUCCAAUAGAUAAAAAGGAUAGUGGAAGUUACAUGAAUACCAGCACUAGUUAUGGGGAUUCAACUCUUUCUACAUUAAGAAAUAGUGAGAGGCAACAAUCUUCUGGGCUUUCUUCCCCAAACAUAUCUAAGGCCACCCAUGGUCCAAAUAAAUUUACGAACAGAUAUGCCCGAAACUUGCAAAAUGACGACAGAAAUGAGAUUAACUUUUUGGGACCUCAGAGCACUGGAAGAACUGCAGGUUCAAAAGAUUAUGUUCACACUAAUGAAAGAACUACAGGUCUCAAUGGAUCAAUGGAAUAUUACAAUAGGCGGAAUACAAGAUUACACAGAAGACCGAGCAUUGACAGCAUCACUACAGACUCAUCUAGUCAAAGUGGAGUAAGUCAGAUUUUAAGUUUAAAUUGAUUGAA